AUGUAUAGCAAGUUUAUGAAGCAUUAUCAAGGAGAUGUGUUUACUGACCACCUGUACCCUGCUGCAAGGAGUUACACAGAAGGGUUGUUCAGGUGGCACAUGCAGAAGAUAGCAGAUUUUGCCCCAGAUGCCAUUGACUUCCUUCAGCAACAUCACAAGUUGAUAUGGUAUAGGUGUGGAUUUUCAGAGCUAAGUAAAUAUGACUAUUUGACCAAUAAUAUUUCUGAGAGUUUCAAUGCUCAGAUAAAGAAGUUGAAAGGACUUUUGCUGCAUGAACUAGUAGAUGGGAUUAGGGAACUCAUAAUGGAAAAGAGGUACUUAAGAAGGCAGAUUAGUAAGGAUAUGCAGGAUGGUAUACUGCCCAAUGUCAUCAAAGACCUGAACACUAUAAGCAAAAACCUCAAAGUUAUGAAGAUUGCAAGAAGUGAUGAAGGCAUAGCUGAAGUAACACUUAUAGAUGACUAG